AUGGCUGUACCAUCCAACAUGUCCGUCCUCAAUCUUUCCGGAAAAUAUAUACUUAGCAAGUCGCUGAGCGACAAUACAGAUGAAAUUCUGCGGCUGCAGGGCGUCGGCUGGAUGACACGCAAGAUUAUUCAAGUCGGAACUUUGUAUCUUACCGUCAAACACUAUUCUGAUGAUUCCGGCAUCGAACAUAUUGAUAUCCUCCAAACCCUCUCUGGACUGUCAAGCAGUGACGAAGAUCGCAUACUAGAUGCGACACCCCGACCAUACGAGGAUGAUGUAUUCGGCAAAGUAAUAUCUGUUUCAAGGCGUGUCAAGGUGGCGGAGAUCGACAAUCAAUGGCUAUUAUCGCGUUGGACGGAAGAUACAGUGCAGGAAAGUUUAGUGUUGACACAGGCGGAUAGUGAUACACCCAAUAGUGGGACGACGUGGACCGCCAUACAGGCAUGGGGAUUCCAAGUAGUAAAAGACGAGAAAAGAUAUGCAAGAAACAUCGACUUCACUGGACCUAAAGGAGAGAAGAUACAUGCGCGUCUUGUCUAUGACUAUCAGGGGCCUGUAUAA